AUGGCUCUGCUCACCAGCAUCUUCGGCUUCUCCCUCUUCGGCCUCGCCGCCCGCCUCGGCCAACUCGGCAUCCAAAAACGCAACCUCUUCGACAACCCCGGCGGCCACGUCAUCUCCAUGCUCGCGUUCGGCUACGCGGGGUACUGGGCGCACCAGUGGGACGAGCGCGCGGCCGUCCUCAUCGCCGAGAAGCGCGCGGAGAUCGCGGCGCGCAGACAGCGCGCGAUCGCCGCGGCUGAGGCGGAUGGCGCGGCCGCCCUCGCGGACCUAUGA